AUGUCUGAACAACCCUCCAGAACCUACGGACACGCAUUUGGACCAGAUGCUCCCUCUAAAAAUCUACCCUUCGCCUCUUCCGCGAAGCUCACCGCCGUCGAGCUUCUGACCUUCUUCCCCCAUUGCCUCCGCUCGCCGAAUGUCGUUUACCGGUUUGCCUCCAAUAGCGGGUCCCGAGGGGUCCUUUGGGCAAUCAUCGCGAAUAACCGAUACCUGGAGAGAAACUGGGCACCGAAUGAUUGCGGUCGCCUCGUCUCUCAGACGAUGCGCCAGGCGGGAUACACAAACUGGACCAUCACCACCCAUGCACGAUGGCAUAGAGACAGAGCCAACUGGGACAAAGCAAACUUGAGUGUGGAAGGAUACAAAGUUCCAUGUCAAAGCUACGGAGCGGGUUCAUUGGCGCAGUCGAUAUCAUUUCUUGAGUUGGCUGCCGGCGUCAGGACGUUUCCAGAAGGUCAUGAUUCGCUGGAUUUGACAAGAAUGGUCAAGUAUGCGCUUGAACAUUCAGAUGGGCUGUGGAGAUAUCCGUAUGAUUAUGACGUGCUGCUCAGGCUGGUUGGUGGACCUAAAACCGUGGAGCAGGCACAUUGGGAUGAAAGUGUCUUUCGACGCUGGGAACAGAAGCAGGCCGGGCCUCAGAUGUCGAUAACGAGACCAAGUGUUCGGAAGAAGGUGUCCUUUGCUAUCGAUGAUGAUCCAACGAUUGGGUGCGCCGAACCAGAAAGGAUAGGGUCAAUUCGAAAUAACCAUUCGAAUCAACAAGCACAGAUAAUGGACGAAGUAUCUAAGACGACCUUGUCGAAAGAAACAAACGUAUCAGCAGAUGAGAAUCAAGCAUUGGCCGAUGACGACUGUACUCCCGUAGUCCAGCCGCAUAUUCGAAAACCACCGGCUUUCAUCCCACCUCCCAUACCGCUAAAUGUUGCCACGGAGGCGGAAUUGGAGCUAGCCUUCAGGGAAACAAAGUCAAAGGCUCAAACAGACAAAUAUAGUGCCUACGCAUUUGGCGGCGGGCCAAGGACCUCGCCACCAUAUCGACAGUUACACCGUAUCCACUCUCCCGAGAGCGACGAUAUAAGUGUCUGGGCGGAAAAUCUCCGUUGGGUAGCAGAACAAGUGAAAUACUUCCAGGGCGCAUAUAUGUGGGAUGAGAGCCCUGAGCACAUGGAGAUAAUCACAGACCAUCGGGUCCGACAGGAGUGGAUGUCAGAGGAGUACUGGGAAGUCUACGCUCAAUCCGAGAAAGAUUCCAAUCAGGGUACAAAUGAUAGUGCGCCGCGCCGUCUACGGAAGGAGCGUAUUGUACUUCAAGAUGUGGUACCAGACACCGAAAAAAUUUCGGAAUAUCUUCAAUGUUACGGGUUAGGGGCCUUCCCACCAUCCGGGGAGACGUUCUUUGGUGAAGAUUAG